AAUAACAUCCAUUCAAAUAUUCCUCUAAAUCCUCAGCUGCAUCACAGAAUGAACUGAUACUUACAUCAGGAUUCGCUAAUAUAGAUUCAGUUUUAAAAACGUUUCCAUUUCAGACACAAUGUGAGGAUUUUAAAUCUCCAACUUGAAUCUAAUCAGAGAUAUAGAGAUCAUUUCUUUAAAAAACAGAACAGUCCCAGUAUCUCCGAACCAUGUGGGAGGAGCUGCUGAGUUCGGCUCCUCCUAGGUCCGCAGCUCAGCCAUUAAAGCUGGGAGUCUGCAAGCCGCUCUCAUUCAUCUUUGUGUUUCCACAGAAGAAGAAGACAAAAUGAGUGGCAGAGGAAAGGGAGGCAAAGGACUCGGGAAAGGAGGCGCCAAGCGUCACCGUAAAGUUCUCCGUGAUAACAUCCAGGGAAUCACCAAGCCCGCUAUCCGCCGUCUGGCUCGCCGCGGGGGAGUCAAGCGCAUCUCCGGUCUCAUCUACGAGGAGACCCGCGGUGUGUUGAAGGUGUUCCUGGAGAACGUGAUCCGUGACGCAGUCACCUACACCGAGCACGCCAAGAGGAAGACCGUCACCGCCAUGGAUGUAGUUUACGCUCUGAAGAGGCAGGGCCGCACCCUGUACGGCUUUGGAGGUUAAAUUGCGCCGCUUGGUCCAACUAAACAAAGGUCCUUUUCAGGGCCACCCACCCACUCUUUAAGAAGCUGAUUUCUGUUUAUAUGUUAAUUAAAUUUAAAUUAAGUUCCUUAUUUUAAAGCACAAAUGUUAAACAAUAGAUGUUUAAACAUGUAAAUGUCCAGGAUAUAGAAAACAUAAAUCAAUGAUAAAAAAAAU